CCAUUAAGCCCCGCCCAUCAGCAGGGCCCCCACCCCGUUAAGCCCCGCCCCGCUGCUCAGAGCGGCAGCACCGAGAGCGUCCGAGCGGUUGCAACGGCACCGGCACCGCCAGCACCGGCCGCCAUGGCCGAGUACCGCAGCCUCCUGGAGGAGCUGGCCCAGAACAUCACGGCCGAGGACCUGGAGCAGCUCAAGUCCGCCUGCAAGGAGGACAUCCCCAGCGGCGAGAGCGAGGCCAUCGCCACCGGCCACCACUGGUUCAGCUUCCUGGAGAAGCACGGCAAGCUGGGACCAGACACGCUCUCGUACGUGGAGCACAUCUUCGAGAUCUCGCGCCGCCCGGACCUGCUCACCACGGUCGUGCGGUACCGGACCCACGUGCUCAAGAUCUCGGAGGAGGACGAGGUGGACACGAAGCUCACGCGCAUCCCCAGCGCCAAGAAGUACAAGGACAUCAUCCGGCAGCCAUCGGAGGAGGAGAUCAUCAAACUGGCGCCCCCCCCCAAGAAAGCCUGAGGGGGGGCGGGGCAGGAGGAGGAGGAGCUGAAUGGAGGCUGUGCCCCUCCCCCCCCCC